AUGAGCGUUAAUUUCAGAGUUUAUACGGCGCUGACAGUGCGUCAUCAGACUCUUCCGCACUGUCUUCAUUACUCAACUCAUUUGGCUCAUCCGGGCCUACAACGGAUUUGGCUUCAAGCUUCGCGCACCUCACAGGAAGCGGAGGAGGAGGAGGAUCGCCAUACAAAAAUAUGGAUCGACUUUAUCCUUUAUGGAUUAGCUAAUCCUCUCGCAAGAGAUCAAAAAAGUGCGAAUUUCAGUCUAACCAAUUCGUCAUCCGUGGCUCGCCCCAACUCAUUCUCAUCUUUAUUCGGCGAUUACUCGAAUCCGCUCGGUGCUCCAGGAGCUCCAGCUCCAAUUGGUAACAUGACGAUCGGAACAUCGAAUUUGGUGACUUCACAGCCGCAUACGCCGGUCUCGACGCCGACGGCUGGACAGCAGACGCAGCAGCAACAAUCGCAGAAAAACCCAAAGUUAUACAAGACAGAAUUAUGCCGUUCUUGGAUGGAUCACGGCCGUUGUAAUUAUGGAGAGCGUUGUCAGUAUGCGCAUGGCGAAUCCGAGAAGCGUCCGGUGCCGCGCCAUCCGAAAUAUAAAACCGAGGCUUGCCAAUCGUUUCAUCAAACAGGAUAUUGUCCCUAUGGCCCACGAUGUCACUUUAUUCACAAUGAGAAUACUGAUCGAUCGGCAUUUUCGCAGCCAACGACGCCCGCUGGAAACAAUGGACUUUCGCCAUAUGCGUCGCAGUACCAUAAUACGAGCUUGAAACAACAACAGCAACAACAACAACAGCAUCAGCAACAUCAGCAGACGCAUCAGAAUAGUGCACUCGGAGUGCCGUCAAAUAUUCUGCAACGCGUUUAUUCGCUUCCUGGCGGCUACGGAAGCGCCGGCGAGUCGCCAGCUGGUAGCUCAAACGACAGCGGAAGCGAAUCGCCGAAUGGUAGCUUCUCACCGGGACUCGAUCUCGACGAUCCGUCGCCGUUCUCAACGGGCUUCUUGCCGACAAUACCGCACAAGCAUAGUUCAAAGAGACCACAAACGAAUCGUUUCUUAUCAUACGAUCAGCCGGGAUUCAAUGACGCACAGUUCAGCCAUCUGCUGAACGACAUCUGCUCGUGGAAUCUUGAUGAUAACGCAUUCACAACAAGCAGCUUAAACUCAUCGAAAUGGUCGACUGAUGAUGUCGUUCUUCCAUCGGCAACGACAUCUUCGGCAACAACUCCAGGCCGUCUGCCAGUUUUUGCGCAGCUCAGCAAUCCACAAUAA